CAUUUCUUUUUGACAUUUGGAAGUGUAGUUUCGAUGUUUUGUGUGCAUUUUCGACGAGUGCAACUGUUAAUCGGGAAAUAUUUCUUUCAUCUGCGUACUUUUUAGAAAUUUGUUCUUGUUUUAAAUGAUAUUUAGCGCAAAUCUGCAAGUUGCAGUUAGUAUUUUUGAAAUAUGAACGACUGUUCUGAUAAAGAAGGUGAAAAAUUAAGCAGAAUUCUCACGGCGGACGAUGUAGAGCGCCUGCAGCGCCAGAAUACACGUCUAGUGAACGAACAUAAAGCAAAGAUGCUCGAAGUCCAUGCGAAAAAGCGCUGGGAUAUAUUUUAUAAGCGUAACGAAGCUAGAUUUUAUAAAGACAGACACUGGACCACAAGGGAGUUUCAAGAUUUAGUUGAAACCUCUGAUGAGCGUCGCAAUCUAUUUGAAGUUGGAUGCGGCGCAGGGAAUUUUAUCUUUCCUUUGCUGGAAUUGGGGUUGAAUUUCAAAAUAUUCGCUUGCGAUCUAUCGCCCAGAGCUGUUGAGAUUGUAAAACUUCAUUCUUUGUAUAAUGAAUCCCUUAUAAAAGUGUUCCAGUGCGAUAUAACUUCAGAGGAUGUGUUUAACACUCUCGAAUUGGAAUCUUUGGAUAUAAUAACUAUGAUUUUUGUGUUGUCCGCUAUACACCCUGAUAAAUUUUUGAGAACUUUAAAAAAUGUGUUCAAGUUGUUGAAGCCCGGAGGUGUCCUGCUAUUUCGAGAUUAUGGCUUGUAUGAUAUGGCGCAAAUGAGAUUCAAACCCGGCCACAAAAUUUCAGAAAAUUUUUAUAUGCGGCAAGACGGUACAAGAACUUAUUUUUUUUCUUUGGAAUUAGUGGAGGAAAAGUUGUUAAGUUGCGGUUUCAAAAUUGUUAGCAACUCUUAUAUCCACAGGCGCACCAUUAAUAUAAAAGAGAAUAUCGAUGUACCAAGGAUUUUCGUUCAAGCAAAAGCAAAACGGCCUGUUCAAUAAGAUUUUCCAGAAGAGGACAUUGCCUAUGCAAAUAAGUUUUUAUUUAUUGGUCUAACCCUUUCAUACGGUGAUGAUACAAUUUGACCCGUAAAAGCUUUCCCAGUCUAAAUGGCCAUUUGAGUCCCAAUCUGAGACAAUAGCAGGAAGAAUCUUUUCAGGGAGGUAUUCAGGGACCAUUAUAUCUUCCAGUUGACUGCUGUGGGAACAAUCCAGAAUGUUCAAAUCUUAGAACUGGACUCUGAACAAAAGAGAUAGUCUUGGAUAUUGUGGAAUGUAUUAAUAAAUUUCUUGCAAUUUUGCGGUAAAUAAAUAGUA